CUUUUUCUCCGAUGUUCCCUUUUUCUUCUUUCUGCUCCGUUCUCGUUGUUUCAGUAUCAGCAAAUUUGACAGUUGUUCUUCUCUUUUCUGCUUAAAACUUUUUCCUCUCUUCUGCUUCAAAUCUUUCUCAAUUUGUUCAAAUCAUUUGUAACUUUUCCAUCUACUCUGAUACCAAACAGAGUCACUGUUAGUUGGUUUAUUCGUUAUUGGAUGAACGCAAUUCGUUCUCGUUGGUUUAUGAGAAUGGCAGAAGACCUUGGAAAGAGCAACCUCGAAUCCUCUGCUGCUUCUAGCAACCUCGAAUCCUCUGCUGCUUCUGUUUCCACGGCAACCUCGCGACGCUUUUGGCCUUCCGUCUUACGUUGGAUACCCACUUCCACCGACCACAUCAUCAAUUCCGAGAAGCGACUUCUCUCUCUUGUCAAGACUCCAUAUGUUCAAGAACAGAUUAAUAUUGGUUCUGGUCCACCUGAUUCCAGAGUUAGAUGGUUUCGUUCAUCGAGCAAUGAACCACGGUUUAUUAACACUGUCACAUUUGACAGUAAGGAUGACUCUCCCACUUUGGUAAUGGUUCAUGGAUAUGCCGCGUCACAGGGUUUCUUUUUUCGUAAUUUUGAUGCACUUGCCACUCGUUUCAGAGUUAUUGCUAUCGAUCAACUUGGUUGGGGUGGAUCUAGCAGGCCUGACUUUUCAUGCAGAAGCACUGAAGAAACUGAGGCGUGGUUCAUUGAUUCUUUUGAGGAAUGGAGAAAAGCCAAAAACCUGAGCAAUUUUAUACUACUAGGGCAUUCUUUUGGUGGUUAUGUUGCUUCCAAAUACGCACUUAAGCACCCCGAACAUGUAAAACACUUGAUUUUGGUGGGACCUGCUGGAUUUUCGUCUGAAUCAGAGAGAAUUACAAAGUUCUUAUCUACAUGGAAGGGAUCAAUCCUGAAUCAAAUAUGGGAAUCUAAUUUUACGCCUCAGAAAAUCAUCAGGGGUUUAGGUCCUUGGGGUCCUGAUAUGGUCCGCAAGUAUACCAGUGCCAGGUUUGUUACACAUACAACUGGAGAAAUGCUGACAGAAUCUGAAUCAAGAUUACUGACAGAUUAUGUUUACCAUACUUUAGCAGCGAAAGCUAGUGGCGAGCUGUGCUUAAAAUAUCUAUUUUCAUUUGGAGCACUGCCGAGGUCGCCUCUUCUUGACAGGGCAUCAGAGUGGAAGGUGCCCACCACUUUCAUAUAUGGUUUUCAGGACUGGAUGAAUUAUGAAGGAGCUCAAAAAGCUCGCAAAGAUAUGAAGGUUCCCUGUGAAAUACUUAGGGUUCCUCAGGCCGGGCACUUUGUGUUCAUUGACAACCCAAGUAGCUUUCAUUCAGCUGUGUUUUACGCUUGCCGAAGGUUUCUAAGUUCUGAUCCAGACCGUGAAUCCCUUCCUGAAUGGCUAAUCUCAGCAUAGAGUAUAAUAAUCUUGUUCCUCUGCACUGCUGUCUAUGAUUAUUUACAAUUUCACAAAUUAAAUUCCUUAAUUAUUUCAA